UGCACAAACGAUCAUUUUACACAAACUCUGUUAUCAUCACCGUAUCAUUCGUUAAACACUAACGUAUACGAUAUCGUGAGGUACAGUCGUGUCUAAAUAAUCUAAAUUCUCAAACGAAAUGAAGGGAGCCGUUGUUUUCCUCCUCAUUUUCGUACUUUGCAAAGUCUUUACAAAAGCCGUGCCCACAGCCGAAACGGAAAAUGAAUUCAUCUGCGAAGAGAAGAUUCGAAAACUGCCGAAAAAUUCGACACUUUUAAUAAUCACAGGACCAUCUCCGAACAUUUUAAACGAAAACUGGGUAGACCUGGUAGACUAUAAUGAUAAAGAUAAUAUAAAAAAUAUCAUCAUCAACAACUGCAAACUAUCUCUCAAAAAAGGAAAUCCUAACCUGGAGGAAUUCGACGACUUUAGAUCCUUGCAAUAUCUGAGGUUGGACCAAUUAAACCUGCCUUCAUUUAAUUGGAUCUGGGUGGUAAACCUCAAUCGUUUGGUCACAUUGAUUCUGGAUAACAAUCCAAUUGAACGACUUGAUGGCGACGCAGAGAUUUCCCUCCAACAUCUCAGCUUAAAAAACUGCAGCUUAACAACACUACCACAAAAAGAAAAUCAAAUAUUGGACAUUAUGAAGGAAUUGAAAACGUUGAACAUCACAGGUCCUUAUUUUACUUCUUCACAUGAAGAAGUAUGUACCAAGUUGGAAAAACUGGAGAAAUUCAAUGGGAAUCCAUGCUUACGCCAAACUCCAAAGGAAACAACAUCAUCUGGUAAUGAAUUAGAAUCACCAAAGGAAACAAGAUCAUCUGGUAAUAAAUUACAAUCAUUAAGCACCAUAUUACUUCUUGGAUUGUUUUUAUUACUUGCGAAUGGAAAUGGAAGACAUUUUGGAAAAUGGUGGAUUUUGCUGUUCAUGGUAGGCAUCCCACUUAGCAGGGGAGUCAUGCUCUUUGACCCGGAGAAAUCCAUAAAUGAAACCGAUCUGAAUUUGGAAUCACGUGGGAUUGAAGCACUGGAAGAUGAUGAUUUCAUUAGUUUACCAAACUUGACACAUUUGUACUUAUCUAACAACAGUCUGGAACGUCUGAAUGUCUAUUCUGAGAGUAUAACCUAUCUUGAGGUUAACAACAAUCUAAUCCAGGAGAUUGAAGGUGAAGAUUUUAAUGGGUUACCACAAUUGCAGAAAUUAUUUUUGGAGAGAAAUAAAUUAACCAAGAUUGACUGGGAUUUGUCUAAGAAGUUGCCUAACUUAAAAAGGGUUGAUUUAUCCUACAAUUCUGAUUUACGCACUGUGCAUAUCAAGUCUUCUAGUUUAGAGAAACUAUACUUGACUAAUAAUACUAUUGAUAAGUUGAUCUUGGAAACUCCAAGGUUAAGACUGAUUGAUUUCCGGUUUGCGAAGUAUAAUGGUGAUGGAUUGGAGGAGAUAUGUAGGAGGCAUUCAAGGUUUACGUUCAGGAUAACUUACGAGCCUGAGAAUUCUUCCACAACAGCUGAUUAUCAAUGUACAGCUCUGGAGAAUAUUCCAGUGGUCAAAGCUUUAAAUUUUGAAGCCAUUAUUCAAGAAAAAGAAGUUAAAGCAGAAGUACAUCAAGAAGUAGAACUAGAAGCGGAAGUAGAAGUAGUAGAAAAAGAAGAAGAAGAUGUUAAAGUUGUCGGUUGUGAGUAUUCAACAUUGAGAGCUAAUAUUGGUGAUGUCGUUAUCAGUCUAGAUGGUUAUUAUAAGUUGAAUGUUAUAUUUGCAAGUUUAUGCAUGUGUGUUGUGGCGAUGUCUUUGAGUUUAUUAUGGUUGACUUUAAAAGUGCGUCGUAUUGUUUAUGCUGAAAAAGAUUCUACUAAAUUCCGGUUGGUUAGUGAUGGCACAGCGUAGUCGUACUGAUGAGUCCUCAUAGGACGAAACAGUAUUUACUGUCUGCGUCUGUUGGACCAUCACAAACUCGGAUAUUGAUUUUGUUUAAGUAUUGUAAAACAAAAAAUACAAAAAAAUGACUUAUUAUUAUGUUUUAUUAUAUUUUUCGAUACUUUGCAAAGUCCGGUAAUAAUCUAUGUCCUAGAAUAGAACUUAAUUAAUUUGAUUGUGACGAUAGGAAUUUAUGUUUGUUAUGAUUAAGGAGAUUAAUUGAGGUUUCAAGGUGUUUCUAGGUGCUGAAAAUAACGUAGAAUCCUAGAAUUACGACAAAAUGAUGAUUGUGAGUGAUGAUUAAAAGCGAUUAAAUCAUGGCUGGCCAAUCCCAGGCCCGCGGGCCACAAAGUGGCCCGCCAGGACAUUUGAAUUUGCCCGCCGCAAAACCCAAAGUUGGAACUUUUGUAUAUGUAUAAGAUUUUAUGUAUGAAUGGCCAUAGUCUGUGGCCCGGUGCCGCCGCAAUCUAAAAGAUUUUGCCCUCCAGGAAAAUCCAUUGGCCAGCCUUGGAUUAAAUAUAUCUAAAUAGGAAUUUUGUUUUGUUUGACUUAUUAUCAAUCAUUUUUCAUAAUAGUACUUAAUUAUAGAGUUAAGCUUUAUUAUAAUUGAUAAAUAGAUAACAUUUUUUGUUAAA